UACAGAUCGGAUAUUUUGUGCCGACUAUGAAGGAAAGCACAAGAAGAAGAUGCUGCUUGAGAAAAGAAGGAGAAGAAAGGUCUCGGACUUGGACGUCGCAUCACUCAAGUUGGUCCUAACAGUUGGGCAAGCAUCACAGGUGAGCGACGAGGACUACAUCUGUCAGAAUUGUUUUCGGCGCUUCCAGCAAAAGAUUACUGCAGUAAAUGAGGAAAUCAGUGAUUCUCUAUCAGAUCGGACGUUUGUUUCGCCAGAUGAUAUUCUCGCUGACGUAAACCGUAGCCUACCUCUAGCGAAUAUCGACGUAACUCCUCUAAAACCCUCUGGUGCAAUAAAAAAACAGUUGCGCGUGUCGUACACCCGAAGGAAGAGCAGUGAAAUUCAGCACGAGUUGUCUCGCAAGCUAAAUGCAGUUUACGGUACCGAAACGUCAGAAGAUGACGCCUCUUGCGAAAUUUGUAAGGAAUGGGUAAACAACUUUCGUGGCGCAUUGUUGGCCUGCACUACCCAUCAAGAGCGUUGUCGCCUCUGCACUCUGAUCCCAGACAAACUGUCAAUGAACGACAUCAGAAGACUGAUUCCAGAGGCUACAAAAUAUAUGGUUGUCAAGGCUCGCAAGCUGAAAAGUAGGAGCGGUGUGUGGGCAGAGCCCGACAGGUACGAAGGAAAGAAGCUCAAAGAAGAAGAUGUGGCCACAGCAGUGAAGUACUAUACAGAUGAUGACAUGCAAUGCACAUUGCAGAGCCCUAAUCGAAAAGACGUAGUGACUGCGCUAAUUGACGAUGAGAAAGUCGAGGUGACGAAGAGAUACAUGACGCGCUCGAUACGUGAGACAUAUCACCUCUUCAAGGAGCACCACCCAGACCUGAAGAUGGGCAUUACAAAGUUUUACUCACUACGUCCAAAAUGGGUAAAAGCAAACCCUCAGCAAGAGGUGUGCGUUUGUGUGUACUGCGCUAAUUUCCAGUUGUGCGUCUCUGCUAUCCGAAACAGUACUCGACGAUCCUUCAGCGGGGACUUACUUAAGUCUUACUACCUCUGUAGUGACGCUUCGGAGGCCUGUCGCCUGAAGAAUUGUAAUAACUGCCCAGGCGAGAACGGGAUUUCACUGCAAACACUAAACAUCGAAGACGACGAGGAAAUUAAAGUGGCAACCUGGGAGGGUGGAACACUGGUGAAGAAGGAAGUGGAGGCGUCUGUUUUCCUCACAGAGGUGAGGAAGUGGACGUCUGCACAUGUUACUCACGAGCACAUAAGGGCUAUUCAGAGCAGCGUCAUUCAUGAAUAUAAGUCGUGUCCAGCACCCAGAAUGUACAUAGUUCAUUUUGACUUCGCUGAAAAUUGGACGGUUGUGUUACCAGAUGAAGUGCAGUUGUACCAUUGGAGCAAGAAGCAGAUAUCAAUCUUCACGUGUGUUGUUACCACACAACUUGAAAGACUGUGUUUUGCUGCAGUAAGUGAGGACCUCUCUCAUGACUCCGCGCAUGCACUGUUUGCAACGGAAGCUAUCGAGGAGUGGCUUGACGAAAAUAGAACUAUUGCCACGAACGUGGUGUACAUGUCAGAUGGUGCAGCGAGCCAUUUUAAGAAGCGUUUCAGAUUGUAUGAGCUUUCAAAGACUGGGUUUGUCGAAGCAAGAUGGAUUUUCACAGCCACCGGACAUGGGAAAAGCGCAUGUGAUGGAGUAGGGGGAGUUCUGAAGCACCAUGCUACACUUCACAACUUGAGAUCUCUACCACAAGAAGCCAUCAUGACGCCCCAGGAUAUCAUCCAUCGGCUCUCAACGAAGCUAAAAGGAGUACACCUGUUGCUUCUUCCUGCAGAGCAUGUUUCAUCGUUUCGUGCAGCUAAGAAACAGGAAUGGGAGGGCUUAAAAGGUGUUCCUGGGAUACAGAUGUCUCAUAUGUGGAUAUGUAAUGCAACCAACGGGACUCGCCAGGUGUACAUGGCGAGGACUGCGAAGAGCGACCCUAAAAUGGUGUUUUAGGAAACUGCAGCGUUCAGCAAUAAAGAUGAACGCGUGUGCUUGCACGCUUCAUAAUCUUUUUUCUCACUGUCACUUUAUUAGUGGAAUGUAGCCGC